CUCGAUCGUUUGAAUCUUUAUAUUAUUGCUCGCUUGAGCUAGCAGCAUGAUGGACCAACAGGUAGUGGCCACAUCCCUCUUCCUCGCCGCCAUUCUAUUGGCCUUUCACGGCGGUGCGGCGCUCAAGGAAGGUGGGAGAUGCAUAUCCAACAACAUGUGCGACUCUGGGCUCCACUGCGAGACAUGCAUUGCUGACGGCAGCUUGCUCAUCCCUCACUGUACUCGCAUUCGCCCCCUCAAUCCUUUCUCCAAGGUGAAAGGAUUGCCAUUUAACCGGUAUUCAUGGUUGACAACCCACAAUUCGUUUGCUAAAUUUGGUGUAAGGUCCGGCACCGGGGACGUCUUGCUUACUCCGACGAACCAGCAAGAUUCUAUCACGGAACAACUCCAAAAUGGCGUGAGGGGUUUAAUGCUUGAUAUGUAUGACUUCAACAAUAACAUUUGGUUGUGCCACUCCUUUGGAGGGAACUGCUACAACUUCACCGCUUUCCAGCCGGCCGUCAACGUGCUCAAUGAGGUUCGAGCAUUUCUGGAAGCCAACCCAGAGGAGAUAGUGACCAUCAUCAUCGAGGAUUAUGUUACAUCUCCCAAUGGGCUAACAAAAGUUUUCAACUCCGCGGGCCUGAGAAAGUUCUGGUUUCCCGUCUCUCGAAUGCCAAAAAAUGGCGCCUCCGAUUGGCCUACCGUCGAUGACAUGGCUCGACAGAAUCAGCGCUUGGUAGUCUUCACUUCUAAAUCUGCUAAAGAAUCUUCAGAAGGAAUCGCUUACCAAUGGAGGUACAUGGUGGAAAACCAAUAUGGAGAUGGAGGGAUGAAGAAUGGUUCGUGUCCAAAUCGCAGUGAAUCGAUGGCCAUGAACACCCGGUCAAGGUCAAUGGUCCUCAUGAACUACUUUCCAAGUAACCCGGAUUUGGCAAUAGCUUGUAAGCAUAACUCGGGGCCAUUGAAGAACAUGGUGAAUACAUGUUUUGAAGCUUCUGGUAAAAGAUGGCCAAAUUUUAUAGCCGUUGAUUUUUACAAGAGGAGUAAUGGAGGAGGAGCUCCAGAAGCGGUCGAUUAUGCUAAUGCUCAACUUCUCUGUGGUUGUGCUAAUCUUGAUUCUUGCCGGCACAAUAUGACUUUUGGAGUGUGUGAGAUAGCAGCUAAAGCAGCGAGUAUUCCUCCAGCAACAACAAAAGUAACAAGAAAAGCAAGCGUUCCGAGUGGCGGGGAUAAUUGUUCCGCACGUCAAUUAAGAUGGCUAAUUGUUGCGUAUUUUUUAAUUAUUACGGUAGCGGCUUAACAAAAUAAAGAUCGCUCCACAGCCAAUUACAAUUAAUUACGUAGUACAUCAUAUGUUUGUGCGAUUCUAAUCAUUGAUCAUAGGGUUCUAAUAUCACCUUAUGUAUAUACAUACUCUUGAUCACAUCCACAAUAUGUAUGUAAUCCUUGAAAAAGAGCAACAUACAAUUAGUGUUAACUUGUUGGACACACAUAUAUAUAGUCCAAAAGUAAGUAUUAUAGUCCGCCUUCC